AUGGAUCGGAAAUCUCUGCAGGUGUUCCCUGCAGAUGUUCAGCAGACUCUGCUGAUCAGAGGAGAUGCUCCUGAGGAAUGGAGACCUGAUGUGGACCAGCAGGACCCAGAACACCUCCACAUCAAGGAAGAAGAGGAGGAACUCUGGACCCAAUUGGAGGGAGAGAAGUUCAAUGUGAAGGAGGAGACUGAUGCCAGCAGGUUUUCAUUCACUGCAGUUCAUGUGAAGACUGAGGAUGACGAAGAGAAGCUUCUGUUCUCACAGCUUCAUCAGCAGAAUCCAGAGCCCCUCCACAUAAAGGAGGAAGAGGAGGAACUCUGGACCAGAUUAGAGGGAGAUCAGCUCAACAUGAAGGAGGAGACUGAUGCCAGCAGGUUUUCAUUCACCACAGUUCCUCUGAAGAGUGAGGAUGAUGAAGAGAAGCCUCUUUUCUCACAACUUCAUCAACAUCAAAGGGAGGACAGAGAUGUUCCAACCAGCAGCUCAGCUGACCAGAUGAAAGUAGAAGCUGAUGGAGAGGACUGUGGAGGAGCAGAAACCAGCAGGUGCCCAGAUUUAAAUCUUCAUGAAGAUGCUUCCAGCUCUUCAGAAACUGAAGUCAGUGAGGAUGAUGAAGAGGACGAGGAUGGGAACAAUCCUGACUCUCAGCUGGAACACUUGUCAGACACUGGGUCAACAACUGAAGACAGUGACAAAGACUGCAAGGAGAGCAGAGCUCCUGAUUCAGCUGUAAACUCUGUCAACAAAUGUUUCAGCUGCUCUGAGUGUGGUAAACAAUUUCUGCACAAACGGUCUCUUCAGAGACACAUGACAUGUCAUUCAACAGGAAGACGUUCAAGCUGUUUGGGUCAGAAGAAAAGUGUCAGAAAGAAGAAAAGUGUUUCGCAGCUUCAUAAGCUUCGGACUGCUUAUCACCUGCUGACUAUUCUCAUCAGCUGUUUUUCUGUCGGCCCUGUUAACGUCUCACCUCGGCCACCUUCUGGCACGAUCCUACCAGGACCCCCUGAACCCUGUAGAAUCUGGGAGCUUCUUGUGCGCAGGGAGGGGAUGUACCCGAGCCCCCACCCACCUCUGGGACUAAUGGGCUUGGCGUUUGCAGGAUGUUCAAAAUCUGCAGGAAGUCCCGAGUCUGCAGAAGGUUCCACGUUCCUGAGUUCCACAUCUGUUCCUGAAAGUUCCACGUUCCUGAGUUCCGACAUUGAGUCCUCUGCAGAGGUCCUUAAGUCCGCUGCAGUAGCUGAAGUGCUGACACCCUCUGCAGCAGCGUCUCCUCCAUCACCUGCAGAGACCACGGUCCUCCCACUUCUCACUCCCGGUGCAGGGGAACUCAUGGGUUCUUAG